GGAGAUUAUAAUGGUGUGACAAAGUUCGCUCAUGAUAUCUGCUUCUUUCAGUAUAUUCAAACUUUUCUAUAAGUUGGUUUGUGCGAGCAUACUUACAUCGGUAUACCUUAUAAUAACUGAGCAAUAUGGCAAAGGCAGAACGGAAAACACUUUGCGAUUUCACCAGAGACUGUACGCCUAGUGGAAGACCGCUUGUUAAAAGUUAUUUCCACGGGGUAUGUGCCACGCCUCUCUCCGCUGACACAGUCGGUGACGUCAUUCGCAUGAGAGCACGUGACCAGCCUGACAGGGUAGUAUUUCGGGUACCUCAUGUUGGUCAGGAGCUCACGCUCGGUGAACUUAACGUAAAGGCCUCCCGCGUGUCACGUGCCCUCCUAGGAGUGGGGCUACGAAAAGGGGACAUCGUGUUCCAUGCGGGGUUGGAGGACCAGGAGUACAUUAUCUGGUACUUCGCCACCCUACAGAUUGGACUUGUAUUCCUUUAUACCCUAAUUGAAACACCCCCGGAAAAGGACACGAAUAUUUUAUGUAAUUUGGGUCCCAAACUCGUCUGCGUUGGUGAUAAGGUUCUCCCAGGAACCGUGUCCGUGCUGAAAGAACGCAACAAAAAGCAUCCUGAAUUCAAACUUGUUUCUCUUCAUUCGGGAAUGACUGACCCGGACUUUUCCACGUACGACGAUUUCUUAAGAGAAGGGAAGAGUGUUACAGAGCAAGUCCUGCUCGAGACUGUGAACAGUGUCUCCAUUGACGACGAUGCCGUGCUGUUCGUAUCCAGUGGCACGACAUCUACCGAACACAAGGUUUCAUGUACCACGCAUCAGUUCCUGGUCAACACGGCGAUGUUCGCUCAUCAGCGCAUCCACCCGUACACCGAACCGGACGUUAUUGGACUGACGUCACCAGUCAUCGACGAUAGCGUCUGCAUCUCAUUGGUUGGUCUCGUUCUCAAUGGUGAUGUAGGCGUUCUUGCGCCACCGGAAAUGACGUUCAAACCCGAUUAUGUGGAAGUGUUCAUGCAAUUUAUACAAGACAAUGGGAUCACGUGGUACUCGGGGACGCCCUUCGAGUUCGUGAACGCAGUUCAGUCGACGGAGAGACACAAGUACGACCUGUCGUCGCUCAGAGGGGGUAAUCUGGUGGGACAAACCCUAACGGAGCCCAUUAAACAGAAGUUGUUAAGAGAAUUCCCGGAUAUGUUGACGCUGUACGGCGCCACGGAGUGCCUGAUAGGCCUUGGCUGCUCGGUGCGAUGGUCGACACCGACUCAAAGGGUGCUCUCCCUGGGCUUUCCAUAUGCGCACUGCGAGGUAAAAUUGGUAAACGAGCGUGACGAAGUUGUGCCUGUUGGUAGCCAGGGUGAGGUGUGUAUACGGGGCUGGCCAGUACUCAAGCGAUACCAGGGCAACGAAUCGCUCACCCUGAAGGCAAAACACCAUCAACUGAACGGCUGGUACCACUAUGGCGAUAUUGGAAUCAUGGACGAGACGGGACAUGUUCGCUUCAUCGGACGUAAGGCCGAGUGCGUCCGGUUCAAGCACUUCUCUGACACCAUCUACCCUAGUGUUAUAUUUGACGCUGUGAAGAAAGACUCGAGGGUUCUGAACGCAAAGGUUGUGGGAAUUCACAAUGACCAAAUAGGUGACGACAUAUGUCUUUGUGUGGAGGUUGGCGAGAACUCCGAUGUGACAGAAGACCAAUUAAGGCAACUGCUGGAAAAUGAGGUGCACGAAAACUCGAGGCCAGAUUUUUAUUUUAUCUUUGAGAAGUUCCCUAGGACAGGUCCAAGGCAAAAGAUCGCGUAUCAGGAUUUGAGAGAGACCGUUGCUGAAAAGCUUCAACAGAUAAAGUUACAGACGGGUCAGUGAUGCUCUGCAACAUGAACCGUUUAAAGAACUGAACUUUAUAAAGAUUGGUAGGAAUUCAGUCCGUUUUCUAUUAGAUACUUAUAGAUACAUUUAAACAAGAAUGGCACGUUACAUUAAGUAACAGUCCUGUAUUGGGCAUGUAUGGAGUUAUUAAAUAUACAAUGGUAUACGAACCUUAUUUUGAUUUGUAAAGGAAUUUGCGUGUUCACUUUGUUAAGAUAAGAACUUUCUGUACAAAUAUUGAGAAUCCAAACAAGGAGGUAUACGCGCAAUUUUAUUCCAUGAAAUGAAAGAUACGGUUUAUGUUGCAAUAGUAGAUAUUGAAGAUGAGUUUCACUUCGUUUGUAUUUGUCAAUGUUAUAGUGUUUUAAGACAAAAAUACAUUACACGUUAUUAUGUUUUGAUCCACCUGUGUUUAAGUAUCACCAAUUACUGAAUUCAUCCACAAAAAAAAAUCGUCAAGUUGUGCAAAUAUAUAAAAGAAGCACGUGUAAUUCGCAAUUCGUAGAUCAAUAUUACAAUACAGUAUAACCGGUAUCACUUACAAAAUCUUCCUGUCAUUUAAAGAAUAUAUGUUAGAAACAUUAAUAUAUGCAUAUAUUUCAUUUGUUUUGAACUUACAUGUAUUGAAAAUGUAACAUACUUACUUGUUUAUUUUAUGUAUUUAGACGAUGUACGUAUGUAUAAGUCUAAAUAAAAUGUAUUUUCUGUUCUGUUCAUAUUGUGAAAUGUCUGCAAAAAUGACAUUGGAAUCGAAGUUUUUAUGAGAAAGUAUCAAAAUAUAGUUUUUAAAAAGUGUUAAGGUGUGUUUGUGUUAAAGAUUGAUAGAACAAGAGUGGGAAGCAUCAUAAUCUUAUUCAAUUAUAGUGUACACCAUGUCAAAAUGAAGAAAAUUACCAAAAAGAUAUACCUUUUAAUUGGUGAUUAAGAAGGAUGUAAGAACGUGUUUAUUAAACAUAAGUUUACCAUUUCUAAAUUGAAAACAAUACAUUACUCUAGUUUUGUUCAAAAACAAAUCUUGCAGAAAUGUAAUUUCUUGUCAGAUUGUGUUUCAAUCAUUGGCUUUGCACUUUUCAGAUCAUACUGUUAGUACGAAUUUCAUAAGUCUGUUAAUCGACGUCGUGUUAUUUUUGCGCAUUCACCAAGAACCAUACACGCAGGGACACAUUUAUUUUGUUGGUGUUAUGUGGAAAGACAAACCCAGGAUCUAAAAUACCUAAGUUGCUAUGUUAAACUACUACUUUGUAAUGUUUUUUAUUGAGUUAUUGUUUAAUGUAACUAGAACUUUUGAAUAAUUAGGUGCCUUCUAACAUAUUAUGAAUAUAUUAAACUGUGUACGUAUGUACACAUUGUUAUACAUUGUCACGUGAACACCGUUCAUAAUACAAAUAAUGUUAAUUUUUAUGAAUUGGGUCAUGCGGAACAUGAGUUAGUGUUGUUGUAUUGAACUUCGUCUUAUUAUCUUACUUUAAUGCAUUGCACAUUAUAAACAGGAUUUUGUUUUUUAAUUGUAUAUUUAUAAUAAUGUUGUAUUAUGUCGACAAGCAUUGCUUUCCUAGUAUGUAGAUUAUUAAAAUUCUUUAUAUUAUUGAUGGAUUUAGAAAAAUCAUAAUAAUAAACAGAUUUUAACAAA